UCGCGCUUGCGUAGACUCGGCUUCUUUGUACUGCGCAGGCGCGGUGCUCUAGGCAACCCGGAAAGACGACGCUCGGACAGGUCUCUCAAAAUGAAUGCCUUGACCAAGGUGAAGCUCAUCAAUGAGCUGAACGAGCGGGAGGUGGAGCUCGGAGUGGCCGAGAAGGUGUCCUGGCACGCCGAGUACAAGGACAGCGCUUGGAUCUUCUUGGGAGGGCUCCCUUAUGAAUUAACUGAAGGAGAUAUCAUCUGUGUAUUUUCCCAAUACGGUGAAAUUGUUAACAUUAAUCUUGUGCGAGAUAAGAAGACCGGGAAAUCAAAAGGAUUCUGUUUUCUUUGCUAUGAAGAUCAGAGAAGCACAAUUUUGGCCGUUGACAAUUUUAAUGGGAUCAAGAUAAGAGGAAGAACGAUUCGAGUGGAUCAUGUGGCUAAUUAUAGGCCCCCCAAGGAUUCCAAGAAUCUGGAUGAUAUAACCAGAGCACUCCGGGAGAAGGGCUGUGGGGUUAAAACCCCACCUCCUAGUUCAUCCGAAUCCUCUGAAGAUGAGACGCCUGUGAAGAAGCAUAAGAAAGACAAAAAAGAAAAGAAAAGGAAGAAAAAAGACAAAGAUUCAAGAAUGAGUGUGGAUAAGCAGGAAACGCCUGCAUCAUCUCGACACAAGACCAGAAAGGAGAAGGAAGAUGUUGGCUUUGGGAAAUCUGCCUCUGUAGGCCUUGAGAAGGGCUCCAGUCCAGAACGCCGAGAGGGCCGUAAACACGUAAGUGGCUCACCUGUGCUCUCCCGAGAUCCGCUUGAGAAAGCAGAGACCUCAAGGAAGGAUUCAAAGAAGGAUAAGCUGGGACAUAAGAAGUCCUCGAGCAGCUCCAGCAGCAGGAGGGAGAAAAAAAGAAGGGAGAAGAGCAAGCAUCGGGAAAGAAGCCGAAGCUCUGAGAAGCGCUCCCAUCACCGUGAGGAACAUUCUGAAAGCAGGGCUAAGAAGAGGCACAAACACAAGUCCCGAAGCAGUGGGAAGGACUGUCAUUCCAAGGACCGAGAGCCCUCUUAUUCAAGCCGACACAGGUCCAGUUAAACGUGGGGCUUAGCACAACGCAGAAAUGAAGAUUCGUUUUAAAAAAAUAACUCACCUGAGCUAAGCUCUUGUUAUUGUUUGUGUAAAUAAAGUCUCUGCACUGAA